AUGACAUCCCUCCUCCCUCGCAUCACCGCUCCACUCACCGCAGUCGACCGCUUAUCGCUAAAGCAGAGACGCGGUCGUGGGAAGCAACGCGAUAUGAAAGCGUUAAAUAUUACAAGUUUUCGGAUGAAGAUUGGUUUCGAACUGCCGAGAUUUCCAAAGAUUGGAGUUCAUUUCAAGCAAUCCUGCUAUUUCUUGCUAACAUUUGUGAGCAUGCCGGUUAUCAGUGAAGUAACAACGAACGCUGUACAGCGAUUCCCAGAAGGCUUGUUGGAAGUGGUGAGAAGAGCGAUCGACGACUACAACAUCGAACCCAAAGGUGGACGAAUUUGA